AGCGUGCCAAUGAUACUACUUCUGACGAUUACGUAACAGCCUUCUGAGUGGCACUAAUUUUGGCCGCAAUACCCCCUCUCCUCGCUGUCCACUCAAAGAGUUCUUGUCGUCUUUCCACUGCUGCUCUGCAUGCCUACCUGGUUAAUCUUCUCUCCGAACGAGGAACAUCAUGUCCAUCCAAUGCAGAUGAAUGUAUUCCGGGUCAUGAAAACUGCCUACCACAUGUUGUACCCAUCACAUGAGCCCUCCACAAUCGACGAAGUUUCAAGACAGCCACUGACAAUCGGAUACGCAUCCUCAGAAGAAAAUACAGGUCCACCAGACCUAUCAAGCCUUGUCAUCCAUGUCAAUCGCUUUUCUGUCGUAUUUCGUGACAUGCAGAUCAAAGACAAAUGGCCCGGGCGUGACGUUUGCGUCCCUGUCCCUAGCGAGCUCAUGCCAGUCAUCAUGGACAUAUAUGAGUUUGCUCUUGCGAGGUCCGAUGUAGGCUCUCGUCAAUGGGACACAAUGACGGAGAGUUACUUUGCACGUAGGAUAUGGAAGCAGCUGCAAGUGGAGAGAUACCAUCAACGUGUUUUACAACAACAGCUUCCUGGUGGCACAGACAGUAGACUACCACCAGCCUUUUGGAAAUGCUCUCUAUGCUCAUCCGAUCUUAUUCACUGUGACAGCUGCCAGGUUACAUCCUGCGGGUCACGUGAUUGUCGUGGGUCUUCUGAACCCCCGCUCGCGCGAUGCAUCACGCAUCCAAAGGAGGUGCUAUGUCUCACGUGCCUCAAGCAUCAGGGGACUAAGCUGCUAGACAAGUGUCCUGCGUGCAAACUUUGGUGCUGCGCGAAGGAUAUGGCUUCAUGUACUGGCCGUCCCGUUGGCAUUGAAUCCAAUCAUUAUUUACGGGGACGCCAGAGCACAAUCCGUCUUAUGAUGGCCUACGGCUCUUACGAAGGCGCUCACCCUCCCAAGCCUGAAUGCUGCUUGGAAUGCGAGCUACCCGACUGGCGGACCUGCUCCAACAGUCCGUUUUGUUGGUCUAAGCGGAUCUGCCCAGAGUGCGCGACCAAUGGCGUGAUGUGUCUGUGCGAAAGAUUGUGGGCUUGCGACCUCUGUGCGGAUCGGGCAGACGUCUUCAUCCGUUGUCCGCGCUGCAACCAGCCAUUCUGCACCUCUUGCUCCUACAUCGACAAAUGCGACAAAUGCCACCGCGUCAGCCUGUGUAACGACUGCAUCGAAGAAGCUGCAGAUGCAGACGAGGCAAAACCUGUUGAAGUCGCGCCAUGUGAAAGCUGCGUGAAAGGUGUUAGGCGAAUUCGAGGGUUUGGGACUUAUCGUUGGCGACGGCGCCGGAGGAGAUAAAUCAACUCAGACUGAGGCCGAGGGGUUU